AUGGAUGGAACGGCACAAACCGGGCCAAAGGAGCAAGCAGCUCCCACGGCAACAUCACCGGCCUCGAUUCCCCAGCAACAAGCGUCAGAUGCGCCAGCUGUCGCGGUCGCGGUCGCGGUAUUAGAGAUGGCGCAGGCAGCAGCAUCGCCGAUAACUACAGAGAACCAAGACACGGCAAUCAACACGAAUGUGAAUGGCGUUGUGGGAACUGACAUCCAAUCAACGAACCCCGGGACGGCGCGGGCGACAAGCCCGCCUUUGCACCAUCAGACAACCGCGGAUGCGGCCUCGAACCGGCAACCGCCCACCCCGGCGAUGUCAGGCCCAGAUUCGUCGACGACCAGGCAAGACCAGCCUGGGAACGAAAAGCCGUUACGAUGGAAAGACCCGAUGACGGUUCAGGCGAACGGACCUACGCAGUCGGCAAAUUUGGAAUCCCCUGGAAAUGGAGCUGCCGAGUCCCCACAACAGCAGGGCCAGCAACAGCACCCAGGGCCCUCGCAGCAGCCUCAAUACCACCAGCACCCGCACCCGCACCCUUACGCUCAACCACAGCACCAUCUCCAACCACAACCAGCGCCAGCCUUGACACCAAUUUCCCCGUCCACGCCCGCGACGCUCCCGCCGCCGCCUCCGGCCGCUCAUGCGCACCACGGACCUCUGCAACCCCCGUCGCAGCCGCAGCCACAGCAAUCGCAGCCGCAACCGCAUCACCAACAACUGCGUCCGCGCGCGCCUCCACCCCAAUAUUCGUCGCCAACCUCCCAUGCCCGCCCGCAUCCGCUGCCGCCGCCGCCGCACUUGCAACACCCGGCCCCACAGACGCCGCACGCACAAAUUCCUCAGCAGUACCCACAUCAACACCAUCAACAUCAACAUCACCAACAUCAUCAUCCACACCCGCCAUCAUCAUCUGCCCCUGCAACACCCUUAACUUCACUACCACCCCUACAGCAUCCGCACGCGACGCAAUUCCAUUCUUAUCGUCAGCCCCAACCCCAACCCCAACCCCAGUCUCAGCCCGUCCUGAAAUCGCAAGCGGCCCAUCAUAGCGCGUUUGUCUCAAGACCGAUCAUCAUGGACCCGCCUGGCACGCGGAAGCAAGACCAGCAGCGUGUCGGCGCCAUGGGCUUCCCCUCGCCCACCCAGGACCUAUGCCCGACCUAA